AUGUCCACGAAUCGACUCCCGCUUGGGGCUCAGAUGAAGGGUGACUUCAAAGUGGGAACUGCGUUCCCGUCUUGUCUGUUCGAAACGGAUGCCCAUUCACUUCUUCAUUUGUUCACCUGCUUCCAUGUCCAUGCACGGCGAGGGGCUCAUUUUAAUGCUUCAUCUACUUUCCACUUUUCAGGUUCAGCUCGAAACGCUGAGAUGGUCUCGACAUGUCUGGACGGCCUGUUCGCGUUGACCCUGUCUUCUGGCCGGUGCCUCCAUUCGGCCGCUUUCCGACUCCUCCACUGUUUUCUCGACACUUCAUCCUCGCCAGCCACAGCCACAGCCAAGCAUCCACGAGCACUGGCCGGCCCGAUCGACUCGGUCAGCUCGAGAGCCUCGCUGGCGUCGGACGAUGAGGCGGUGGUCGAGCUCAGGACAAGUCUUUUCGAGGGCCUUGAUCAAGCGCUUCAAGUCUCCGUCCAGCCGAGCCUUCAGGUCAGUGCUCUCUGCUUAAGAUCUCCCGCUCCGGACACUGAUCCGGACGACCUUUGCUUCGAGCCCAUUCGAUCAGGCCUGCCUGGCACGGAGGAGCACAUCGCAUUCGGCCUCCUGUCGACUCUCAAUCAAGGCGUAGUCCACAAGCCGAAAAUUGUCAUCUAA